AAGAUGACAUGGCUAAUUCCUGGAGAGGGAUAUUUUUUCGCACUGGCAUAUUUCCAUUACAGAAAAAGUAGCGCUAAAGGCAUGUUCCAAUGGGUGUGUCAGGAGAUGACGAGAUUAUUUGGUAGGCUAUAUAGAGCACUUUGAUUCGGUAAUCGCGAUAAAAUCGAAUUGAGUUAAUGGAAUUUAGACAUUCUUUGAUAGAAGAAUCCUCAAGAAGAUUGAUAAAACUAGCCAUUUGAUUUGACUGAGGUUUACUGUGGUGCUAAAUUUUCACAUGCAAGUUGCUGAAAUGUGUUGAUUUGCUAGCGGAAGCCAGUGAUCACAUUGCACAACACACAUACCUCACCUUUCACAUCGAUUUUUACACCGACAGAUCUCGCGCACAGCAACUAUCCGUAGUACUGUAGUAGGAUACGUAUGUAGCGUGACCUUAGUAACUUCCCACAUUAAGCUUUCGCUUUCUCUCCGAAGAACAUAUGUAUGAAGUUAUGUGACAUUACUGUUGUACUACUCUGGGGAAGUCUUACAUUUCAAAAGUUAGACAGUCCGAAUCAAACAGAAACCAGCUAGACCUGUCCGCGUCCAAAUCUUGGGACUUUGACCAGGGUACUUCCAUGUUGCUUCCAUGUUGCCAGUAGGCACCUAGAUACAGGCCUUUGCUAAACUGUGUUCCCAUGCAACGCAGGUAAGUCAUAUUUUUAGAGCAUGGUGAUUGUUUUUAUCCCCUGUUAAUUUUCAUUUUAAUAAUGCAUAUUUCAUUUGUGUUGUUUAGGUCUAAAUCAUGGAGGAGCCAAACCGACCCCAACGCAAGUUAUCCGCUGCUGGGGAGAGUCUGUAUCAGAUAUUAGGUGUGCAAAAGGGAGCAUCAGAUGAUGACAUUAAAAAAGCAUACAGAAAACUUGCACUUCGGUUUCAUCCAGACAAGAACCCAGACAACCCAGAGGCAGCUGAGCGCUUCAAAGAGAUCAACAAUGCCAACACAACCCUGAACGAUGAGAACAAGAGGAAGAUCUACGAUGAAUAUGGCUCCAUGGGUCUUUAUGUGUCGGAUCAGUUUGGAGAAGAAAGUGUUAACCUGUACUUCCUCAUGUCUAAAUGCUGGUUUAAGACUCUAGUGGUGAUUGGGAUGCUCUUAACCGGCUGCUGCUGCUGCUUCUGCUGCUGCUGCUGCUGUGGGAAGUGCGGGCGUGCUGAGGAGGAAGAGGAGAACUACUUCCACCUAGACCCCGAAUUGGAGGCCCAGAUCAGAGCUGAGCAGGAGGCCAACCAACCUGACUCAGGAGAUGGUGGGGUGAUUGUGGGUCAGCCCAUUCCCUUAGGCGCUCCUGCAGGCUCAGAUCUCUUUGGCAACUCUGCCCACCCGAGCCCUCUCCCCUCUGGCUACUCUACUGAGGGUCCCACAGCCAUCGUGGCGCAGCCCAUCUCAGACCCUUUCCCCCAGUUUAACCCGUCGGCUGGAGAGGCUCUGAACACAUCCAGCACAGAGGAUCUGGUCAGAAGUGACUGACCACACCCUCUCUCACGUGUACAGAUGAAGGACUGACGCACGCUGAGCUCUCGGCUGACCACACAGGGGGAUUACACAGGCGAGACUCUCUGCCACAUGCCUUUUAGUUGUGGCAGGAUGUGGUGGCAAAUGUGCUUGAUUGAAAUUCUAGUCUAGAUUAAGCAGGGUUUGAAAAGUCAUUUGCCUAUCAGGCACAUUCAUUUGAAAUUCCUCUGCUCCAAGAUGGUAUUUUUGUAUUGCUAAAGUGGAAUGCAAAUGAAUGUGUUUGAUUAACUGAACUAAUGACUAAAUGAGAUUAUUCUGGAAUGACCUGGUGAUAACAUGUUCUGUGAUAUUUCUUUUGUAAACAAAUAUUUAAAUGAAAGUAGUUAUUGAUGCCAUAGCCUCCAAAGAAACGCCUGACACAAUGCAGGCUUCGGCGGUU